CAACAAGGGAACAAUUAGAGCAAGACAUUCAAAAAAUUAAACAGGCACAUGCUGAAGAUGAGAGUUUCUCUCUAUUUAAGACAUUGUACAAUUUCAUGGAUCAUCAAUUUAUUUGUUAUCCUGGCAAAAAAAUGACUUUAUUUGUUAUCAACCAUUUUAGCAAGUGUAUAAUCUUACAUAAAUUUAGUUGUUGCUGGUAAUUGGCAUGUUAGAAUCCAUGAUGGAUUGAUUUGGUCCAUUUACUGGCAUCUGCAGCCUUGGGAAGCCCUAAAGUAACAUUGGAAGAAAAGAAAAAUUAAUUCAAUCUUGGUUUUACACAAAAACACCACCUUUUCUCUUCAGUAUUUUUAGAUCAUUAAGUCAGUAUUGUAGAACCAAGCUUUUUCUUUUACCUAUAUAUUCUAGGUGCUUAUCCAUUGCCUAUAUAUUUCUGGCCAAAAAUAAAAUCCUUUGACAAUUAAUUGCUAGCUCUUAAAAUUUAUGUUUCAGAAUUUGCAGAUGAAGUGGACACUCCUUUAGAUGUUCCUGCUAGAAAGCGCUUUACCAAGUAUAGGGACCUCAAAUCAUUCAGAACUUCCUCAUGGGAUCUCAAGGAAUCUCUACCUCCAGAAUAUGCCCAAAUUUUUGCUUUUGAUAACUUCACAAGAACACAAAACCAUGUGAUUGCAAAAGCCUUAGAAAUGGAGGAAGGAGAUGACUGUGCACCUCCUGGUUCAUAUGCGAGGCUUCAUAUUAAGGAAGUGCCUAUUUCUGUUGCUUCCAAGCUUUCUCUGCUUGCUAGGACAAUACCCAUUGUGUCAUGUGGCCUUUUGCAACAUCAAUCAAAGAUGUCUGUCCUUCAUUUCAGUAUAAAGAAGCAUGAUAGUUAUGAUGCCCCUAUCUAGAACAAAGAAGAACUGAUAUUUCAUGUUGGCUUCCGCCAGUCCCUUGCUAGUAUCCAGUAACCGCUUUGGGUCCCGACUAAUCUGAAAUCGAGCCGCAUCGGACCCCAUUAGGGGAAGCUCUCCCAACAACUGUUUCUCUAUUCACAAGACUCGAACUCGAGAUCUUACUUAAGGGAAAUCGAGCUCCUUCCACUCGGACCAACAGGUCGUUGGUAUGGCUUCACUAUAUGCUCUCAUUUCUUUUCCAUCUCUUCCUUUGAUAGCCCUGAAGGCUUCAGGAGAAGCCAGUGUGUCUGUAGUGGCAGCAGUUGGAUCCCUGAAAAAUAUCGACCUGGAUAGAAUAAUUCUAAAGAAGAUUA